ACUAACUUCCUAUUCUCGACUAUUUGCGCCCCUCGCGUGUUAUUCCCCUCGCUCUCCUCCACACUCCUCAUGCGCCCUCGAUAUCCGCUCACGGCUCUGCGUCGGGUCUUAUCGCCCCUGUCGCCCCUGUCGCCCUCAACUGCCGCCACACGCGCACCACCGCUCAUCGCGCCGUAUCCCGCGCUCCCCUCAUCUGCCGCGCGCGCAUCCCCCUUGGCUCAAUCGUCCGCGCGAUCGCUUGCCGCAACUGGCGCUGAUUUAGGGACUGGCACCGCUGCAGCAAGCGGGGCGGCUUGUAUCGAGGAAUCUCGAGAAUCCCGUUCUCGUGGUCAACGAGGGGAGGGGCGGAUUCGAGGGAAGCGGACACGAGGAGAAAUCGAGGGGUAUCGAGGAGAGCGCGGACGAGGUUGGAGCACACGAGGAUGGACGGUGGCGAUUGAGGGCAACAUUGGCGUGGGAAAAUCGACGGCCCUGCGCGCUCUGAGCGAGCGACUCAACGGUGACGUGGCAUUGCGGAGGGACAUCACUGGUGGCGCUGACGUGGCGCUGCUGGCCGAACCACUUCGUGAGUGGCGCAACGUGCGGGGGAGCGGGGCGAAUGCGCUGGAGGCGUUUUACAAGGAGCCGAAGAGGUUCGCCUACACCUUUCAGAGCCUUGUCUUCAUUUCCCGCGCCUCUCAGUACAAACAGGGGGUGCAUUCUCACCCCUCUGCGCUGCGCCUGUGCGAGCGCUCUGUCUUCUGCGACCGCCUCGUGUUUGCGCCUGCGUCGGUGGCGGCUGGGCUGUUCACACCGCUAGAAGAGGCGCUGUAUGACUCGUGGUUCGACGCCCUACUGCCCAUGAUGCCUGCUGCUAUACCCGAUGCCUUCAUCUACUUGAGGGCGGACCCUGCCGUGUGCCUGCAGCGCCUGCAGCAGCGGUCUCGCUCCGAAGAGACCUCUGUUGACCUACCAUAUCUGCAGCGCCUGCAUGAGCUGUACGACCACUGGUUCCUGGAAGGUUCUCGCAGGACAGAUCUGGAUCUCGUGGCAGCUCCCUCCUUUACCGCCUCUUUGGACGGCGCUUUGACGCACAGGGCGGUGGAUGGGGUCUCGCUGCUGGUGGUGGAUUGCAACCAGCACAAAGAGCAGUGCAGUGUUCUGGAGGAUUCAGAAAGCAGCGUGGGGGACGCUGGGCAAAGUUGGGAGAAAAGGGAAAACUUGGUUAUGGGGAUGGAAGCGUUGCAGGUGCAAAGGCCACAGGCAUCUAGUUCUCGUGUUGAAGGGAGUGCUGUUGAGUGCGGAUUGUUAGAUGAAUUUUUGCCCUUUUUGCAACGGUUUUGUGCACAAACGCGUGACAAAUGAUAGAGCUGGGUUCAUUGUUUUUGUUGUGCGCAAGCUGUGCCACGAAAAAUAUUGCUCUU